AUGGCCCGACCGACGACCAAUGGUCUUGCACAGGCCUUGCAGGCCCUACAGAUUCGAUCAACACUCCCAGCUCGUCCUGUAAUUCGAUCUCUGGCUCAACAAAGGCGGACCUACGCGAUCGAAGUGGAAGCGGCAGCACAGCAAUCAUCAACACCGACCCCGAGCGAACUGCCACCGACCGAGCUGGCCCCAGCAGCGCCCAAAAUCGAGUUUGGAAAUUUCCUCAGUCGCCCGGCGCGAAUUGUUCCUGCAUCACCCUCAUACUUCUCCGGCAGCCCUCGCUUCAUCGACCACGUCUUGGAAUUGGAAAACCUGCAAGCUAAAUAUGCCUCGCUACCAACCGUCGCAGCCAGUGAGGCUCCCCGGAUGGCCUGGUUCAAGCUCGCUCAAUUCCGUGACUACGUUGGCGAGCCCGUCCCCAUGAAGAAGUACAAGAUCUUGGUGAAGAUCUUGCAGCGGUUGAACCGUAUCCAACCAGACAUGGUUCCCGAGGAGGUCAAGACCACGCUCAAGUCGUUCCUGCGUCCCGGAAAUCCCUUCGCGGUCGAACACAUCUCACGAACGGUUGAUGAGAAUGGCCGUGCUCGUGCAAAGGGCAAGCGUAAGGAAUCGACGGCUGUGGUGCAGCUAGUUGAGGGCGAGGGUGAGGUUAUUGUGAAUGGCAAAUCACUCGUCGAGGUUUUCCAGCGAGUACAUGAUCGAGAAAGCGCUCUGUGGGCACUUCGAUGCACUCAACGUCUGGACAAGUACAACGCGUGGGUCACGGUGCGAGGCGGAGGUAUCACCGGCCAAGCCGAGGCGAUCACCUUGGCCAUUGGCCGAGCUUUGAUGAUGCAUGAGCCAGGUUUGAAACCUGUGCUGCGAAAGGCUGGUGUCAUCAGUGUGGAUGCCCGUCGUGUCGAGAGAAAGAAGCCCGGUCAUGUCAAGGCCCGCAAGAUGCCUACCUGGGUCAAGCGUUAA